CUGAAGAUGGCAAUCGCAAACCGCUACAAUUUUUUAAUUGUCUUCCUUGUGACGUUCGGGUCUUUAACAUACGGCUACAACUCAGCCAUUAUUGGCUCCGUCAUUGGCCUUCCAUCUUUCUUCGAAUACUUCGACAUAUCACUAACAGGGCCACAUGCCGUGGAAGGCUCUAGAAUUACUGGAGCUACAAAUGGGCUCUUUGCUGGUGGCGGCCUCAUUGGCUGCUUCAUUAUAACAUGGUUGGCAGAUGUGGUCGGGAGGCAGAACUCGAUUCAAGUAACAGCAUCUCUCUGCGUUGUUGCUGGUGCCAUUCAAGCUGGGUCGGUACAUAUCGCCAUGUUUUUGGUCGGAAGAUUCCUCAUGGGUGUUGGAGUCGGUAUGGUCAACGUCAUCACUCCUCUUUAUCAGAGCGAAAUAUCUCCAGCUCAUUCUCGCGGACGAAUGGUCGGUUCGCACGGAUUUAUCCUCUGUGUUGGCUAUGCUUUGGCUGGAUGGACGGGCUUUGGCUGCUACUACGUAUCGUCUCAGCUGGUGCAAUGGCGGUUAUGUCUUGCAUUGCAGGUUGUGCCACCGCUCUGCUUGCUGAUGGGAUCUCCUUGGCUACCGGAAUCGCCUCGUCAUCUAAUGGCAAAGGAUCGCCACGAGGAAGGCUUUCGCAUCCUUUGCGAUCUCCACCGCCUGCCUGGCGAGGAAGAUGACAUUCUGGCGCGUGAGCAAUUUUACCAAAUUCGAAAGCAGCUUGAUCUAGAGCGCCAAGAAGGCUGGAGACAAGGGUGGGUGAAAGGGUGGAUUCUACUAUUCCAGCGCAAGUCAUAUCGGAAACGUCUGCUCUUCGGAUUCCUUACGCUGUAA